GACGUUGCAGCCAGUGUGCGCGUUCUCGUGGAGCUUUUCCGGUGGCGUUUCCUGUGUUUGUAAACUGACUCGAGUUAGAAUAAAAGAGCGAAAUUGAGCAGCACUAAGAAAAGACAUUGCUGCCCCAUGAUAGAGUCCGCUGAGACUUGUGUGACACUUGGUCCAAACUGACGUCUCAUCUACACAUCUCGCCUGUCUCUCAACCGCUGUCCUCCACCAUGUCACACAUACCCGGCAGCUCGGUCCGGGACCACAUGAAAUGGGCAGGGCUGUUGGGAUGUGAAGCGGUGCUGUCCAGCAUGGCUCUGAUGCAGGCCAGUUCCAUCGCUGCUCCUAAGAGAAUGAUGUCGCCGUUGGGUCCGGCUUCAGGCCACGGUUCAGCCCAGAGGGAUGCACAGGACCGUGGGACGCAAGGACACAUGGUCUUACCAACGAGCAUGACCUGCCCUCCACUGCUUCUGCGGAAGGAGGCUGAUUUUACAGCUCCCCGACUGCUGGAUGAGAAGGAAAUGAGACCCAAUGAAGACAUGCAUGCAAUGAAGAAAAAGAACAGGAAGUCAGGAACACCCUCAAAAGUGAGAGAGCAGGAGGGGCAAGCAGGGAAGACGGUUGUGGAUGAAAAUGGUAAUUGUCCACUUUCAAAAGUCCAGAAGAACUUUAUCUGUGAUCACUGUUACGGGGCCUUCAGGAGUGGAUACCACCUGAAGAGACACAUUCUCAUUCAUACUGGAGAAAAGCCGUUUGCUUGUGCCGUGUGUGACAUGAGAUUUAUUCAGCGUUACCACUUGGAGCGACACAGCCUCACUCACACUGGGGUGAAGCCGUAUGCUUGUUCCAUGUGUGACAUGCGGUUUUUCCAACGCUACCACUUGGAGAGGCACAGCCUCACUCAUACUGGGGUCAAACCAUAUGCUUGCACCAUGUGUGACAUGAGAUUUUUCCAAAGAUACCACCUUCAGCGACACAGCCUCAUUCAUACGGGAGUGAAGCCGUAUGCUUGUUCCAUGUGUGACAUGAGGUUUUUUCAGCGUUACCACCUGCAGAGACACAGCCUAACCCAUACGGGGGUGAAGCCAUUUGCUUGCACAAUGUGUGACAUGAGGUUUUUCCAACGCUACCAUCUCCAGAGACACACCAUCACCCAUACGGGGGUGAAGCCGUAUGCUUGUUCCAUGUGUGACAUGCGUUUUUUCCACCGUUACCAUCUGCAGAGACACAGCCUCACUCACACUGGGGUGAAGCCUUAUGCUUGCACCAUGUGCGACAUGCGUUUUUUCCAGCGUUACCAUCUACAGAGACACAGCCUCACCCAUACGGGGGUGAAGCCGUAUGCUUGCUCGAUGUGUGACAUGAGGUUUUUUCAGCGUUACCACCUGCAGAGACACAGCCUCACUCAUACGGGGGUGAAGCCGUAUGCUUGCUCAAUGUGCGACAUGCGGUUUUUCCAACGUUACCACUUGGAAAGACACAGCCUCACUCAUACUGGAGAGAAGCCGUUUGCUUGUGACAUGUGUGACAUGCGGUUCAUUCAGAGGUACCAUCUGGAGAGACACAAGCGUGUUCACAGUGGUGAAAAGCCUUACCAGUGUGAGCGCUGCCAGCAGAACUUCUCACGGACAGACAGACUGUUGAGACAUCGGCGAUUGUGUCAGGGUCGCGGUGUGGCAAAAGUCGAGGCCCAGCCAUGCUCUUUCACCCAGGAGCCUCCCGCAGCCCCUCCGUCCACGUGGAGUCCUCUACACCCCGCCCCGGGCCGACUCGCUGUCUGACACCAUACUCUUUAGACGAGCCCUGAGACGACAGCACACCCAGAGGAACACUGUGGCUCCACCUGCUGACAGAGAGAUGCGCUACAGACAGGAUGAGGGGAAAUUCCCCUCUUUUGUUUCUUUAUUUAGAAACAAACAUCAUUGAGGGUUGUUUUAUACUUUUUGGUAAUAUAUUAUGGGGUUAGAAGGGGUUGUAUGGUACUUUUAAGAGGUGCGGAACAAAAAACACACCUAACAUGGGAAUUUCAUGUUACUAACCAAAA